CUGAAAUUGCACCCAGAAAAUGAAAUGUGUAACUAGAUUCAUUCUAGGUGUUGUGCAUUCCACACCAAAUUUAAAUCUAUGAUACACUUUACUCUUGGGGGUUAGUAGCUUUUUCGUUUGAUCAUAAACUAAUUUGAAACUUGAAUUCUCAAUAUUGACAUCUCCAUUCCAAUCCCUACAGGCAUAAGCAUAAGCGUAUCAUUGCUACUUCUUAGUGCCUCCUGGCUAUAUUGGGGAUAUAGGCAAAGGAAUAUCAUAAAUCUCAGAGAGAAGUUCUUUCAGCAAAAUGGUGGGAUCAUGUUACAACAACAACUUUCCAUACGUGAAGGAUCAGUACAGCCAUCUAAAAUCUUUACUGCAGAGGACCUUAAGAAGGCAACAAAUAACUACCAUGAAAGUAGAAUCCUGGGCCAAGGUGGCCAAGGAACAGUCUACAAGGGAGUAUUACCAGACAACACCGUAGUUGCCAUUAAGAAGUCCAAAGUAACAGAACAGAGCCAGUCCCAGAUUGAGCAAUUCAUUAACGAAGUCAUAGUUCUCUCCCAAGUCAACCAUAGGAAUGUUGUGAAACUCCUAGGAUGUUGUUUGGAGACACAAGUUCCUUUACUAGUCUAUGAAUUUAUUACCAAUGGGACUCUCUAUGACCACAUACACACUGUAGGUGGCACAUCCUCAAUAACAUGGGAGAAUCGUUUAAGGAUAGCAACAGAAACUGCAGCAGCCCUUUCAUAUUUGCACUCUGCUGCUAGCACUCCUAUCAUUCAUAGAGAUGUUAAGUCCACUAACAUACUAUUAGACAACAAUUACGUUGCAAAAGUAUCCGAUUUUGGCUCUUCAAGGUUGAUCCCCGUAGACCAAACUCAAUUAACCACAUUGGUUCAAGGUACACUUGGUUACUUGGACCCAGAGUACUUCCAAACAAGCCAAUUGACUGAAAGGAGUGAUGUUUACAGCUUUGGGGUUGUCCUUGUGGAAUUGCUAACCGGCAAGAAAGCAAUUUCUUUUGACAGGCCUGAAGCAGAUAGAAAUUUAGCAAUGUAUUUUAUUUCAGCAAUGAAAGAAGAUCGCUUGUUUGAAAUUGUUGAUGAACAGGUGAUAAAUGAUGCAAAGGCUGACCAACUAGAGGAAGUUGCUAUUUUAACAAAGAGAUGCUUAAGAGUGAAAGGAGACGAAAGGCCAACCAUGAAGGAAGUGGCAAUGGAGCUAGAGGGAUUGAGAAUGAUGGAGAAAAACUCAUGGUUAAAUGGCAAGAAAAAUUUAGAAGAGACUCAGUAUUUGCUUGGAGAUCAACUUUCAGAUGCUUAUAGUGGUGGCACUAGUAUGAGCAAUUCAGCAGCUUGUGAUGGCAUAGCAAACCAUGUCAUGUCACCAUUUCAUAGUGGACGAUAA